AUGCAUUUACAACAUGGAAUCGUCAUUCAGGCAACUAUUUUUGUCCUGCUAUGGAUAGAUGGGCCCAUUGCCGAGGGCAAGGGGAGCUCAGGUACGCCUCGUUGCCCAAUCGGGUACUCUCUUUUUUACACAAAAGGCAAAAAUAACCCAUAUUGCUUCCGACCAAAAGGACCUGAAAAAUUUGCCGACAAAUACAAAGGAUGUGUAGGAAAUUUGUACACUUCGAAAUUGUAUCGUGACAUGAAUUUAACGAAACCAGACUAUGUGGUAUGGACAGAGUAUAAAUCUAUGCAUCCAGGCGGGCACUUCGUAGACUGGUCUUACACGAAAAGUAUCGGUGACAAAUUUGACGCAGUGUACGAUGUUACGAUCGAUCCAAGUCUAGACUUAGAGGAAGAAUUAUGUCUGGUCAUUGACCCUAUUAGUAACUACACAGCAGUCAAGUGCAAUGAAAUGCAUUACAGCUUCUGUGUGGUUAAGGUGUACGAUGAUGAUUACAAGGAUCAUAUGAAAAACGAUGAAUGUGUGGGACUGAAGGAUUCUUUAAGGUUCCGAAGUCCAGAAUCAACUUGCUUGUCUGUUUUGAGUGGGGUAGGCGGAGGAGCUGUUCGAGCGACUUGGCACCAGGCUCAGGAGCUCUGUAUUAAGAAAGGUGGAUCCCUUCUAAAUCAUGGCUGGAGAUUUUCUAACUACCCAAUGUUUCAAAGUAUAGGGAUAAAUCAUACAUACCCCUUGGGAAUAGUGAUGACUGAUGAUUUAUUGUUAAGAUACGACACGAUGAAUGAUCAUAGUGAGAUACCAGUCGAUGAGUGGAAUUUGGAUAGGUAUUCGUUACGUUACGAGGACCCUUCUCUCGGUUCUAUAUACAACGGGUUUUGGGAUUUCGUCAACAGCACGUAUAUUUUCUACGACGUCAUCUGUGAGCAUUCUGUUCCACUGAAAGAACUAAGAAUGGAUGUCGCUAUCAAUUCGGAAAACAAGCUUACGUUAACGAUUAAUGAUACAUUGGAUGGAGAUGAUAUAUACUGUUUUACUGAUUCAGUUGAUCGAUAUCCGGUAAAAAUAAGCAAAAACCGUAUAGAUGACACAAACGUGUUUGUAUUGAAACCGAAAGAAGACGGAUAUUACUGGUGCACUCACAUAAACACCAAAAAAUAUAGCGUCAAAGAAUCAAAGAAAGUAUUAUUUAUCAGAGAAAAACAAUCAUUGAUAAACGUUUACGCAGUAAAGCUAAAAAAUAACAAGCUGUACAAAUUAGAUGAUUUGUCCAAACUUUUUAACAUUUGGGAGAUAAAAUUGAAAGAGUACAUUUUCUACCGAACUAAAUAUUUAAACGUUUACGGCGAAAUAAAUCCUAAUAUAACUGAAGAGGAUUUGAGAGGUUUUAAAAAUUCUGGUCUGAUACCUAACGAGAAAUCUGUGAUUCUGAAAAUGAAAUUGAAGAGAUUGUAUAUGGAUAGGCGUUCUGUGUUGUUACAUGUCGAUUUGAAUCCAGAAAUGAUGCCAGUGACGCCAGGGUUCUGGGACCAGAUGGAAGUUAUCUCGAUGAAGUCGGUGUAUUACUGCAAAGCUUUUGAUACGGUUCCACAGACUCCGUUAGGAGAAUCAUACAAAUCUAACGGGUGUCGGACUCACACUUGCGUGGGUAACUUCAACGAAGGCGUCCAGUGGGUGACCACCGCGACAGAAAACUGCACACUCCUACCGAGAUCCUUUGUCGAAGACGUGACCUUCAUCAUGCCAACUUUACCAGCACCUUUACCUACGUUUCCAACAUUCGAAUCCAUAAGAGACGCAAGUGAGAGUUCAGAAGAAACAACGGAAUCAACAACACCAAGUACAACUAUAACGACCGAUAUAUAUACAGAUUAUAGUUCAUUGGGAUCUGAAAGAACGUUACAAGAAACUUCAACAUUAGGUGACGAAGUGGUCACAGCUCCUUUCCCUAUUCAAGAUCCUACUACAACCGAAUCAGGUCCUUUGAAUAAGACAACUACAACAGAAUUGCCGUUUACUACUAGUACAAUGACUCCUUGUACUACUGUGAAGACUUCAACUACAACUAGACGGCCGGAAGAACAGUUGCAACAAGUCAUCAAUGACUUGGGCCAGUUGGUGAACAGCACUGCUGCAAUAAUGGUCGACGAUAUUUCUGAUGUAUUCAACCAGGUCGACAACGUCCUAGAACUCCAGGAUAACCUAUCCAUUCCCGGGCAACUUCUACAUUUGCUGGAUCGAUUGGGUUCAACUGUACAACUAAAUGGUUCCAACACUGGGGCGACAAUCAGAGGAAAUAUUGCACUAUUAAUGGCUGAUGCUAAUCCUGAUCGACCCAUCAGGGGCUUAAGAAUAGCCACCAGGGACACUGACGUCUUUACUUCUGAUGCUUUCGAACUAAUAUCAAAUGAACCAAACUCAACAGACUUGGAUUCAGAAAGAAGUGAAGUGGUUGUCAGUCUUCCUCCAUCCGUUUCUGUGUCUUCUCAACGAAUCAGCUUCGUAGUAUUUCGAAACGAUCGAGCUUUCCAGCCAGAGGAAGGAUAUUCUGUUAAUAGCAGAGUACUCAGCAUCAGGGUUGGGGAGGUCAGGCACUUUGAAAAUGGGGAGUUUAUUGAUAUUCACUUAAACCCGACAACAUCAGAACCGAAUCGCAAUCAGAGUCGAACUUGUGCCUAUUGGGUUUUCCGUGAUGAUGGCACUGGUUAUUGGUCGCAAGACGGUUGCACCCUCAUCAGAGCCACUGAGCCAGGUAUGUUGGACACUUGCAGGUGUAAUCAUCUUACACACUUCGCUGAAGUACUCUUCCCAAGAAACGUCUUUGAUCAAGAAGAUGAGGAUGCCCUGGAACUUCUGACGAUCAUAGGAUGCUGUUUAUCCAUAAUCGGACUGUUCCUGGUGGGGAUUACCGCCGCUACCUUCAGAUCUUGGCGGCGAGACUUUAGCAAUAAAAUCUGGUUUCAACUCUGCAUAUCAAUAUUUUUCCUUGCACUAAGCUUCCUAAUAAUAAUAUUCGCCAAAUUCACGCAAUACGACGUGUUUUGUAUGUUAAUGGGGAUAGUUUUACAUUAUUCUGUAUUGUCGUCCUUUUGCUGGAUGUUAGUUGCUGCUGUUCUAUCGUAUAGGAGAUUAGUGCUCGUUUUUACUAGAGACGCUUCGCAUAAGCUCUUAAGAGCAUCAGCGUUUUCUUGGGGUGCGCCUUGUGCGGUCAUUGGUAUACUUCUCUCGGUCAACCCUCAUUCCUACGCAGGUAGAUUCGAAGAGACAUCGCCGAGUGCAUCUUUUUGUUAUCCCUCUGGUCUUGGUCUUUGGCUGGCAGUCUAUGGGCCAAUAGCUGGCAUUUUAGUGGUGAACUGGACGCUAUUUGCUCUGAUAGUGCGUUCCGUGUUCGCUUCUAGGAGUAUACAGAGGCACGGGGAUACAAACGAGGCUUUACGAUGUGCCUCUGUCAGUUGUUUACUAGUGUUUCUAUUUGGUUUGCCAUGGGUUUUUGGUCUUUUUGCCUUCAAUGUUGUGGCUGCAUAUCUGUUCACAUUGACGACUACGUUUCAAGGGUUCAUGUUGUUCUUAUUCUUUGUGCUCGGUAAUAAGAAGACGAGGGAUUUGUGGUUGAAUAAGCUCAAGAUUAAGCGGACUCGUAAGGUUCCUGUGACGUCAUCAACUUAUUCUAACAGAAGUACUGGAUGGAGAGGAGGUACUCAGGGUGCAUCGAUCGAGAUAAAAGUGUCGAAGCCAAAGUCCUUAGCGCAGGAUGAUUCAAGGUUUUCUUGA